CGGCUUCCGUGAGUCCGUGAGGUUAUUUUUUUGUUGAAUUUGUUGUAAAAUAUGAAAAUUGAAAAUAAACAGAACAAGAUAGGAAAAUACAUGAAUUAAAUGAAAACCACAUAUUUGCGACGAAAAUUGUCCAUAAAAGUUAUCUCAAGCGUGAAGAAUAAAACAAGAAAAGAAUAUGUAUUCAAGAAUUCAGAACUGGAAAUGGACCCACUUACAAAAACAUCUACUAACUUCUACUAGAAGAAAUUACGCUAAUGGGAUUCUUAAAAAGAAGGAUAACAUUUCAAAAUGUUUGAAUCCUGGUAAAGUAUAUCAUGGGUUCAUGUGCACUGAAGUUGAGCCAAUCAAAGAGUAUAAUAUGACAGCAUAUUUACUAACUCACGAGAAAACUAAGACAGAGUACUUACAUCUAGAAAGGGAUGAUUCAAACAAUGUUUUUUCCGUUGGCUUCCGGACAACACCACAGGACUCCAUGGGAACACCACACAUUUUGGAGCACACUGUUUUAUGUGGUUCAGAGAAAUAUCCAGUUAGGGAUCCCUUCUUCAAAAUGUUGAACCGAUCUCUUGCCACAUUUAUGAAUGCUUUAACCGGCCCUGAUUAUACCUUUUAUCCGUUUUCAUCACAAAAUGAAAUUGAUUAUAGGAACCUACAAAAGGUAUACUUGGAUGCAGUUUUCAAACCUAACUUGUCCAGAUUAGAUUUUCUACAAGAAGGCUGGAGGUUAGAACAUUCAAAAUUGGAGGACAAAAACUCAGAUUUAGUAUUCAAAGGUGUGGUAUACAAUGAAAUGAAAGGAGCAUUUUCAGAAACAAGUUCAUUGUUCGGUCAAAAGUUCAUAAACACAAUUUUACCCAAGGGAACGUAUGGUUACGUCUCAGGCGGUGAUCCAUUAUGCAUUCCCGAACUAACACACGAGCAUUUAAAAAACUUCCACGCAACAUAUUACCACCCAAGCAAUGCUAGAAUUUAUUCAUAUGGCAACUUUCCCCUCGAACAAAACCUUAAGUUCCUAAAUGAAACAUAUUUGAGUAAAUACAAAUUUUUGGACCCUAAAAACACAGUUGUUGCACCUCAAGAACGAUGGAAGUUAGUUAAAAGAGCAACCAUACCUUGUAGAGUUGAUCAAUAUGGUGGUUCAGUUGACAAACAGAAUCAAAUUGCUAUAGGCUAUGUCUUAUCCGAUAUAACAAAUAUAUACGAAACAUUUAUGCUGACAGCUCUAGCAGAACUUAUGAUAAUUGGUCCCAACUCGGCAUUUUACAAAAGUCUUAUCGAAAAAAAUAUAUCUGGUGGUUACAAUGCUUUGACCGGUUACGAUAACCAAAUUAGAGAUACUCUCUUUGUUGUUGGGCUCAGAGAUGUUGAAGAAAAUAAAUUCGCAAUGAUUGAAAAGUUAACAAAUCAGACUAUUGAAGAUAUAUUUUCGAAGGGUUUUGAGAAAAAUCACAUUGAAAGCGUCUUACAUGGUUUUGAGCUGUCUAUUAAACAUCAAAAUCCGAAAUUCGGUUUGAAUUUGCUAUUCAAUUUGAUGCCUUUGUGGAAUCAUAAUGGACCGAUAUUAGAUUCGUUAAGAGUUAACGAAUUGCUAGAUAAGUUGAAGACUAAUCUAAUGAAACCACAGUAUGUGAAAGAUGUGAUAGAAAAGUACUUUAUUUUAAAUAACCAUAAACUGAUCAUGACUAUGGUGCCUGAUCCGAAAUUCGAUGAUAUAUUCAAUGACGCCGAAGCAAAAUUACUUAAAUUGAAAAUCAAAGAGUUAAACCCUAAACAAAAAGAAGACAUUUUUGCUGAGGGACUUCAACUUUCUAAGGUUCAAAAAGAAGUACAAAACCUAGAUGUACUGCCUUGUUUGAAAAUUGAAGACAUUACACUAAAUAAAACUGCUCCUCCACUAAAACAUACUAUAUCUGGCACUAUACCUUUACAACUAUGUGAAGCGAAUACAAAUGGUGUAACAUAUUUCAAAGGAGUUUUAGGAACAGAUUGCUUGAUCGACGAACACAGACAGUUUUUACCAUUCUUUAACUAUAUUCUUGAUAAAUUUGACACAAAAACCUAUAAUUAUAGAGAUUUUGACAAAUAUAUCAGCAAAUCGACCUCAGGAAUUUCAGUUAUAACACAUAUUACUGAACAUAUAGGUCAGAAAGAUCAAUUUGAGCAGGGGAUUUUAGUAAGCAGUCAUUGUCUGGAUGAGAAUUUACCGAAAAUGCUCGAUAUUUGGACAGAAUUAUUUGAUAGACCAGAUUUUUCGAAUAGCGCCAGAAUGACAAUGCUAUUUAAUAACUAUUGUUCUUCUCUCACCAGUGGGAUUAUAGAUAGUGGACAUACUUAUGCAAUGCAAGCUGCUAGAUCUCUCGUCUCAUCAGUGGAUGAAUGUAAAGAAAAUUUAUUAGGUAUUAAACAUAUAAUGAACAUGCAGGAAAUCCAUAAUAAACACAAAAUAGAGGAUAUACAAUCAGCAGUUGACAAUAUCGGUAAAAAAAUCCUAAAGGGCAAUAAUUUGCGAGCCGCCUUUCACUACGCGAACACUAAUCAAAAUGUAUACGAAUUUGUUGAUAAAUUUUGUUUGAAUUUAAGCGGUAACGACGGGCAAGACGUAAAUAGAAUAAACUGGGUUGACAGCACCGCUCCAGAGAAAAAUAAUAAAGGUUUACACAUAACUAUGAAUAUUCCGGUUAAUUUUUGCGCGAAAGUUAUCCCAACUGUACCAUAUACGGAUCCGGAUUAUCCCAAACUGCGUGUGCUAUCCCGAUUCAUAACCUCCAAAUACCUUCACCCGAUAGUUAGGGAGCAAAACGGGGCAUACGGUGGUGGGGCAUUGCUGACAAUUGACGGUAUUUUCAACUAUUAUUCAUACAGAGAUCCAAAUACCCGUAAAACUAUGGAUGUUUUUGAUGAAACAACGAAUUGGAUGUCGAAUAAUAAAGAUUUGGUGGACGACCAGAACUUAUUUGAAGCCAAACUGUCCAUUUUACAACAGAUGGAUCAACCAAUUGCAGAGCAUAUGAAAGGAGUUGAUAUGUUUUUGUAUGGAUUAUCUUAUGAUAUUUGGCAAACGCAACGCGAGCGUGUUUUGGCGGUUAAAAAGGAGGAUUUGAUGGAAGUUUGUGACAAAUAUUUGAAAAGGGAAAGUUGGUCGGGCAAGUGCGUGAUAGGGGAUGGGGCUUCCCAGCAGAUUAUAAAGGAAAAUGAAUCUUGGGAAAAAAUCUGUGGACCACAGGAGUGAAUUAUGAAAUGGGGCAAAGCUUUUCAAUAUCGUACUUAUACUUUUAAUAGCUUACGUAAGGAAGCUUUAAAGAUUCUUAUAGCUUUAGGGUAGUUAUGUUUGUAAUAAGGGCCUGUUUCACAACCGCAAAUAAAUUUGGCAUUUUGACAGAUUCCCAAAAACUGUGAUAACGUUAAAUUGAUUUGUUAGAUAAAGUUUAUCUGGUGGUUGUAAAACGGACCCUUAAAUAUUUUAUCAGAAUUUGAUGUCUGGUAGUUAGUUUCGUAUAAAAAGACCGCUGAACUUGUACCUGCGCAGUCGGCGAUUUCUUGAUCUAUUUCGUUGUACGAAGUGACGGGCGCUGCUACGAGGGAUGUCUAAAAUAGAUUGUCGAAAAACUAUAAAAGGGUAUUCCGGAACUAACUGUUUGUUUUAUCCAUCACAAUGCUUUUGAGGAUUACAUAAAAUCUACUACUGUUAACCAUAGUCUAUAAUAUAAACGCGAAAGUUUGUAUGUAUGGAUGUUUGUUACUUUUUCACGCAAAAACUAAUGGACAGAUUUUGCUGGGAAUGGAGAUAUAUUAUAGCCUGGAUUAACUAAUACAUAGGCUACUUUUUAUAGCAGUCCAUAACUUUAAUGACGGUAGUCUUGAAAUGUAGACAAGCAUUAAAAUAUUUGUAUUUAUA